AAGAUUUAUGAGUUUUUUUAUGGAGGUUUUAUUCAUUCUUUUAAUAUGUGUGGAUCUUUUUUUUCUUUUGAAAAUAAUAGAAAGACUAUUGAUAAUCAGACUCGUUUAAAGACUAGAAAGUUUAUAUAGAACAGAAUGAUUUUCAACGACUAUUAAAAAUUUUUCCAUCAAACACAGUUGAAGAACAUUGAAUAUAAUUAUUGUUUUUAUUUUUGUUUCAAAACGUACUUCUAAAUUAAAUUUACUCAAGAUUUAUAUUUUUUCUCUCAAAAAAAACUAAUUGAUGAAGAAUCCAACCUCUAUGUGUUCAGGCAAAAUACAUAAACUGUGUGAUAAAUAAAUUUUGGGAAAAACCGUUUUUCCAACCUAUAUCGCGCAUGGAAAAACAUUUUGGGAUAUUGCUAGCCAUGAAGCUAGGUUUAACUCUUUCUUUAACGAGGCCAUGGCUAGUGAUAGCUCAGUUGUCAGGGAGGUGGUUAUUAGCAAGUGCAAGGAUGUGUUCACGGGGAUGAAUUCGCUUGUUGAUGUAGGAGGCAGCAUAGGAAUUAUGGCCAAGGCCAUAGUUGAAACAUUCCCGGACUUAAAGUGUUGGAUCUCCCACACGUGGUUGCUGGUAUCCAAGAUGACCAUAAUUUGAGUUUUCUUGGAGGUGAUAUGUUUGAGUCCAUUCCUCCUGCAGAUGCAAUCAUGUUAAACAUGAUAUUUCAUGUACUGGGGGACGAAGAUUGCCUGAAGGUACUCAAGAAAUGCAAAGAGCCCAUAACAAGUAACAAUGAGGAGAGGUCCGGAAAGUUGAUAAUCAUAGACACACUAAUGGGAAAUAAAGAUUGGAUUAAGCAAUCAACUGAGACCAUACAGCUCUAUGAUCUUGAAAUGAUGGUCUUUGUCUCCGGUCAGGAGAGGACCGAGAAAGAAUGGGCUAAGGUCUUCUUUGAUGCUGGAUUUAGCAGCUACAAUAUAAACCCUGUUCUAGGCUUAAGGUCAAUCAUUUAGGUUUUAUCUUUAAGAAUAUCAAAAUCUCUAUGUACCUAUUUUUAUUCCUAAACAAUAAUUGAUGUAAUGAAUAAUUA